AUGAAAUUGAGCGAUACCCACUGCCAUGUUGGCGUUGAUGCAACGGUGCAGCAGGUCGAGGAUAUUGCUAUCGCCAUAAACAGCCAGCCAAGCGUGGAAAGUCGUCACUUUCAUUUAAUGUGCACAAACCACUGGGACUUGGAUGUCAUCUCGCAACUAGCAACCUUCUCCGAGUCAGUAGUGCCAUACAUGGGCAUCCACCCAUGGUAUUCACAUUUGUACCGUAUAGACUCAACAUUAGAUAAGAAAGCACAUUAUGAGCUGUGUCUUGAGCCGGGUCCUAGUGCAGAGCUUCUUGCGGUGCUUCCUGAGCCAGUAGACUUGGAUGUGCAUCUCCAUAAGAUACAGCAAUUGGCGGAGAAAUACGAUGUUUCGAAUAAACCUUAUGGAAUAGGCGAAAUUGGCUUGGAUAAAGUUUUCCGGGUGCCUUCCAAUGGGUUUUUCGGCAAUCAGAAGAAUGUCGAGGAUGUUGUGCUUACUAAGUCCAAGGUUGCCAUGGACCAUCAAAAACAGGUAUUCACUCGCCAGCUUGAUUUGGCAAAUCUGCUUUCCAAGCAAGUCUCAUUGCAUUGUGUAAGGGCACACGGGCCCUUUUUUGAUAUAGUGACUAAAGGAUACCCUGAUAUCCCUAAUGUUAUUCUACACUCAUACACGGGGUCGGUGGAUCAGGCCAAAUCUUGGAUGCGCGAGUUUUCUAAACAGAAACGGAACUUGCGGUUUUCAUUCUCGAAUUAUAUCAAUGCAAGCGAGCCCAAGGAGGAUUCUCUACGUGAUUUGGUGAAACUACUUGACGAUAGCCAGAUUCUCAUAGAGUCAGAUAUGCCCGUGGACAAGUUUUUUCUCGAGGACGGAGAGAAGAUGGAGGACUACUUUUCACAAUUGGAGAAUGUUGGAAGGGUGAUCUGUGAAAGUAAAGAGUGGGAGAUCGAAAUGGGGAUGGCCCAACUCCAUCAAAAUGCAUUGCAAUUGACAGUAAAGUAA